GUGGGUGUGUGUGUGUGAGAGAGAGAGAGAGAGAGAACGCGCGCAUUAAAGCUGAACCACGCUGGUAGCAGCAGAGAUCCUCUCGAUGUCUCACACGCAGACGUUCUUCACAGCCUCGCGCUGUCCUCCACUUCUCUCUGGAUGCUUGUUGUCUUCGUUCGGGUGACAUGUUUUCAAAUGAGAUGAUUUUGCUGCAUUUCCUGGCUCUUCUGUUGCGGCACUGUGCAGCUGAUCCGUGCAACUGGACUGGGAGCGGUUUUGCAGCUGGCAUGGACUCCAGGAUCGUGCUCCAGGUGCGGUUGCGCUGUACCCAGGGCUGGGUGAGGUGGGUCUUCCCGGGCCAAGCUGUCAGAUUGGUCCUGGAGCCGAACCUGUCCUCCAACCUGCGCACAACUGUCUGCAUCAAACCCUCUCCCUCCUUCGGCGGAGCCAGCGUGUUCAUCGAACGCGCAGGAGAGCUGGAGCUGCUGGUGACUGAUGGCGAGCGGCAGCGUCAGGUAUUCUGUUUCCGGGCGGAUGGCGCGCGCACGCCCGCUCUCUACCUCCAGCCCAGCCCGCUACAGAGUGACGGACACUGGAGCAGACGCACUAUGAGCUUCAGGUAUGAGCUUCUGAGGAACAGAAGAGCGGCGCGCAACGUGGGUCACAGCAGCGGGAUACAGACUUCCUGUCGACCCUGCAAUGACACAGAACUCCUCAUGGCCAUCUGCAACAGUGACUUUGCAAGCAGAGCUGAGUGGCUCGACGUCAUGGUCACUGGGAGCCCACGCACCCUCAGCAUGCCAGAGGUAACCGAUACGCCGUCAGCACUCAUCCAAGCUCGGAAACCCACUAAAUCUAUGCUUCCUUCCAAUAAAGUGCAAGGAGGGGCCAACCCAGCACACCACAGUUAA